AUGCUAGAAGGCAUUAGGGGGUACAUGAUGGAUAGGGUGGUUAUUAAACACAAGAUGUUGCUAGAAACUACUGAUAUGCUAUGUCGUAGGAUUAGGAAACGUUUGGAAAAGGAUAAAGAGUUUGCUAGGCUGUGUGUGUCUAGACAUGCUUUGCAUGAUAGAUGUGAAGUAAACAACCCUCCGCGAAGAGGAAAGCGUGUUGCUGUCCAAGAAGAAGGUAACAAUGCGAGGCCCAGAUGUGGCAAACACUGCUCCAAAUGUGGACAACCCACAUACAAUGCGAGGACAUGCCCAUUGAAUAGUGGUUUGAGGAUACAUGAUGUGAGAUUGAAUGUUGUUGAUCGAGUUACGGUUGAAAGGGAGUUACGCCGUGCAACUCAAGGUGUGAGUGUUUAUGUCGAUGAGAACACGGGAAACCAAUAUGUUAGGUUGAAUGGGGAUCGUGGGAGACCUCAUGGAGAUCCACUGCCAGUUCGUGCAACUCAAGCUUUAGUGGUGGACUGGCAUGGAAGCCAGCCACCAACAACUCAGCCUUAG